AUGUCUACUGGAGGGAGUCAAUCUCAGCGCUGGAGUUGUGGAACUCUUCAAGAUGGAGUGGCUCUUAUGGACUUGUCUUUGGAAGAGCAAAAGCUUCUUCAAGAUAUCCAGGCUUUGGAUGAUGAGAUCGCACUGGCGGAGAAACAAGCUGAUAGUUCUGGUGGCUCCAAAGAAGCCGCUCCGGAUACCAUUAGCUCUAUGGAGACUUUACCUGCAACUGCAGAAGAACUCCUCAGCGCUGGCGUCCAGAUCCCGGAUUCCAAAGCGGAUGUUGUGACAGUAGAUGAUGAUCAAUAUCUUCAGCCUAAGCCUGUGGCUACCCCAGUCAGGGCACAAGCGGCAGCCCCGGUUGAAUCCAUUGAGACGGGUUCCCAUGGUGUAUCUCCAGUUGAACGUUCUGAUGAGGGAAAACGUGGUGAUGCGAGUCCAGUCCCAGUCAAACCUCAAGAUUCAGAGCAAAGUGAGAUGAAGGAGGAAUCUAAGAAUGGUGAGGAAUCUGAGCAUGGUGAUGGUACUUCGGUGCUGCCUAAGAAGGACACACAUGAUGAUGAUGUUGACCCGGCAAAGGAAGUCAGCCGCAAGGCCAAGUUGAGAGCUGCAGCCAAGUCACGGCUCAACCGCUGGGUCAAGCCGCACAAAAGGCAACCAGAGUUGAACGCUCCUGACUGGCUGGUGAAAGAGUGGAAGAACGGAUGUCGCAAAGACAUUGCCGACUUGUUGUCUCACUGCAACUUCCAGAAGGAGGUCUUUCUGAACAAGCUUCUCAUCACCGUGAAGAAGAAGCAAAAGAUCGAAUUGACCAAGGAGCAGGGAUGGCAUAGCGAGCAGGAGUUGGUAGAGCUGGGUUGGUCAAAGAACAAAAUCGAAGGAGCCAAGGCAAAGUGCAAAGCCUUGGGGGAGAGCCAUGCCAGGAGAAAUGAAUACGAUGGAGAAGAGGAGUUCUGGGUCACGACGAAGGAGAUGGGAAAGAAAACGGAAUCUAUGUCAUUUGAAGAAAUGCAUCAACAGGAGAAGGAGGCCACAGGUGAGCCCAACGCUGACUUCGGUGGCCCCAUGUUUGCCAUGCUGGAAGCGGACAAGACCAGGGCUGACAAAGCAAAGGACACAAAGCUUGCACUCCCAGCGCCCCAAAGCAAGGGUGCGCAGACCCGCGAUGCCUUGAAAAAAUUCAUGGAGUCGCUGAUUUCCAAAACCGGAAAGCUUCGAAGUUUGAUUCGGGAGUUGGAAACGAAAUACAAUGACCAAGCUGCCACCGCGUGCAUCACCUCCUUGCGGACACAGGUGCAAAAGGUCGAUGAUACAUAUGACAAGUGCCAGGCAGUUUGGGCCAAAGGUGAAGUUGAAGGAUUCUUGACGGAUACGUUCCACCUUGAAGCGGAAGCCCAGAUCAAGCAAUCAACUUAUGUGUGUUCUGCAGCCACGGGCGUGGAGAUGAAGAUCAGGAAUGCAAAGAAGUUCUACACCAAGCGCAAAGCGGGUUCUACGCCUGAUGGGGCAGAGGAACCCGGUGAUAGUGCUCCUAGCAAUAAGAAACCUAAAAAAGAGAAGCAGGCGCCCAAACCAAAGCCAAAGAGCUCUGCCCGCUAA